AUGUCGAACUUAACAGAUCUAUCUCACAAAGAACCAUCUACACAGGCUCUUAUCGAAAAGUCCAAGGAGAAGUUACAAAAUGCCCGAGGCGGUCUAAAUGAUCCGGAUUCCAAGCUUAGAACCGGGGUUAGUGUCGAUAAGAGCAAGGCCCCGGUUCAGCAGGAUCUAGGAAAGGGGAGCACGCAACGAGCGCAAUACUCGGGAGGAGGCUCAGCUAGUUCGACUGGUCAUAUUGCUGACUAUACUGGUAUUCAUUGA